CUCCCCUGCGUCCAUCCCUAUAAAUUUCGUUCGUGCCUGCACCCGGGCGCGACUUCCCUGGCCCCUUUCUCUCGGACCAAUGAACCUCGCCCGGGAGCGGUCCCAAAUAAAGCUUGCUUAAGUUCUCCUCCGUUUCUUGGUGCCUUUCCUUACAUUUGGUGCCGAAACCCGGGAGGGGUACCCAGCCCCACAAAUUACCGCGGGGCCACCCCUCACCCCCCCUAGGGGACGACCGGGGACCCACCCGAUCCGGCAGAAGCGGGCCCUGCCCUGGCUGCGGGCUAACAGGCCAUUGGAAGAGUGACUGCCCUACGGCUGGCCCUCCCUCAGCGCCUCAACGCGGAGGGCGAACCGACCCAACGGCCCUACCUCUCGAACUCCUGGGAUUGGCUGACGACUGACAACACCCGGACUCGAAGACCCCCAACACCCUCGCCGAGCCCAGAGUAACGCUACAGGUAGCGGGUUGGAUCGAGGCCUUCCCAACGGCCCGAGAAACGGCAGAUACGGUCGCCACCAUUCUUCUCCAACAUAUCGUCCCCCGGUUUGGCCUGCCUAUCUCCAUCCAGUCAGACAACGGACCCACCUUCGUCUCUCAGGUGGUUCAGCAGGUAUCCGAGGCUCUUCAGAUCACCUGGAGACCCAUAUCCCUUACCACCCCCAGUCAUCUGGUAAGGUUGAAUGUGCCAACGGGAUCUUGAAGGACCACCUCACCAAGCUGUCCCUUGAGGUCCGUAUCUCGUGGCCCGAUUUGCUCCCUCUUGCCCUUACCCGAAUCUGAGCCUCACCUCGGACCCCUACUGGUCUCAGUCCAUUCGAACUGCUCUAUGGCCGCCCUUUUCUCCUCCAUAACCUACCAACCCAAAACCCACCCCUAGCUUCCUACUUCCCCUACCUGUCUCUGCUCCGCCACCUUCUCCGUGAACACGCUGACCGCAACCUGCCGACGGUCACUGCCUCUGAAACUUCCCCUCUCCCUCUACAACCUGGCAAUAGCAUCCUCCUCAAAGAAUUACACCCCCAAUCUCUCAAGCCACGGUGGACAGGCCCCCAUACGGUGAUCCUCACCACUCUUACGGCAGCCAAACUCUUGGGACACCCCUCCUGGUACCAUGUCUCCCGCCUUAAAAUGGCCCCAACUCCAGAGACUUGGAUGGCCCAACCGCUGGGUCCCACGAGACUACGGCUUGUCCGUCACCCUGUCUCUCCUCCUGCUGCUCCUCCUGCCACCCAGGACUCACCAGAUGUCCCUAUGGCGCUUCCAUGUCCAUGGGACAUGGCAAGCUAAAGGUCGGACCCACGCUCGAGUCUUGGGCACAGGGGACUGCCAACCAGAUGGGUGCCAGGCCCUGGUGACAGUCCAGAUCCCCAUCUCUAACACAGAAGGUGUUCCCCUGGGUCGGUCCACCCCCGCUGUCUGCUUCACUUACGAUCAGACCAGAGACUACUGUCAAUGGUGGGAUGAAACCUAUGGGGGGUGCCCCUAUCACUCAUGUAACAUCCAUGUGGCAAAACUAGAUACCAGGAGCUCGCUCCGACAAUCCCACCUGCUCACCACAAAUGGCAAGGGUCAAUUAUUCAUCAACAUCAAAGAUCCCUGGGACACAAGAUGGGUAAAAGGGGUACAAGGAAAACUCUACCGGUGGGCAACUGAUGCCUACCCUGUGGGCUCUAUCAGGGUCUUCCGCUCAUACGUCAGAGUGAUCCCUGAAAUUAUCCAGCACUUGAGCGAACAGGCCACCAUGGUCCAGGAGACGGAACAGGCCCUAGAACGCCAAUUACCCCACCCUGACCAUAAGACAGACCCUUUUUCUUGGUUGGCCCUCAUCCGCCAAGGGGUGCAAAUGCUUAAUCACACCGGAAUAGGCAACAUCUCUGACUGCUUUCUAUGUGCCUCACUUGGCCGACCACCAUUAACUGCUGUCCCACUCGACCAGCCCUUCACCUCUACCCUCCUUAAUUCCUCCCAGAACUUACCUUUUCCCCCUUUAAGAGUCCCCAUAUUCCUUGAUUUAGAAAAAAAGAACCUCACAAUUUGCUAUGGCAGCCGACCAAACUUAACUAAUGAUGCACUCCCUUGCAACUCAUCCCUCCCUGUAACUACGCCAAUGGGGGCCCCACCAGGUCUGUUCUUUUGGUGUAAUGGCUCCCUUACAAAAGAGAUCAACUCUUCCUCCCCCUUUCCAUGUAUCCCCGUCACCCUUGUUCCACAGCUCACAUUAUAUGGCGAAGCCGAAUUUCUCUCACUUACCACACAACUCUUCGGCCGACAGAAAAGGGCCAUCUUUCUCCCUAUGGUAGCAGGCAUUUCCCUCGCCUCCUCCCUCGUUGCUGCAGGCAUCGGGGGAGGAGCCCUGACACACAGUGUCUCAACAUCCCGCAAACUAGAACAGAAACUCCAGCUAGCCAUUGAGGCCUCUGCCGCCUCCAUCACCUCCCUCCAGCGCCAGAUCGCCUCAGUAGCCCGAGUUGCCUUCCAAAACCGACGCGCCCUGGACCUUCUGACAGCCGACAAAGGAGGUACCUGCCUCUUCCUACAAGAAGAAUGCUGCUACUAUAUCAACGAGAUAGGGGUCGUUGAGGACAAUGUGGAUGCUCUCCGAUGCUUAAAAGAAGAACUCCAACGCAGGCAGCGACAAUCCACCUCCCCCAUCCCAGACUGGUGGCGGUCCUGGCUGACACCAAUCCUAGGCCCCUUAAUCCUUACCUGCAUCCUAUUCAUGCUUGUCCCCUGUUUCCUCAGGUUUCUCCGCAAUCGCAUACAAGAAGUAUCUCGGGCGGCGGUGAAUCAGAUGCUACUCCACCCAUAUACCUUACUACCCACAGAACCCCCCGCUGCCGCCCUCCCCUAAUCUCCGGACUGUUGGCCGCCCGACUCCCCUCCGGCGCCCCCAUACAGCAGGAAGUAGCCAGAGAACAAACGUCGCCCCAUUACACCAAAGAAGUCGGGAUGUAAGGCCAGCAGGUCCGGGGAAGGGACCAGGGAGCCAGACGGAACCCCCACCAAGGUGGUUGAUGCAGCCGACCCACAAGUGGCAUCAGCCCGGGACUUUCCACCUGCCCAGGAAACAGACCCGGGACUUUCCACUUGGCCCCGGCUUUCGCGCUCCCCGAGGGGCGAAACCAAUGGCUCUACGGCUUUCCUACUCCCCUAUUUCCCGCUCCCCGAGGGGCGGAACCAAAGGCUCUAAGGCUGAUGCAACCGGCACCCGACACUGCCACAACACCCGAGAGAUUACCAAAACAGGGGCUGCUUCACACAGCAAGCACCUCCCCUGCGUCCACCCCUAUAAAUUUCGUUCGUGCCUGCACCCGGGUGCGACUUCCUGGCCCCUUUCUCUGGGACCAGUGAACCUCGCCUGGGAGCGUUCCCAAAUAAAGCUUGCUUAA